CAUGGAAUCUCUGCCUGCUGAUUUUCUCACAGUAUUGCGUACCGAUGGGCUCCUAAGAUCUCUGAUCAGCAAGUUGGGUGCUCCCUUGCGAGUCCGAUUACUAGCAUAUGCUGAAUAUGCACUAUAUGGUCUUUCUUUGAAGGUUGACUCUACAUCUGAUUCCGCCAUAGAAGUCAUGCUCUCUAGAUUCAAGACAGGCCUCCGCUACAUCCAACUAAGACUCCUCUUUGGGAUGUUGGAGUUUGUUUCAUGGCUAGAAAACAUCAAACAGGCGUCAACUAGGAGGUCUAAAAAUUUGCUUGCCUCAGCUGGUUAUGCCGUUAGGAACUUGUAGCGUCCUUUAUUGACUACAUAAUUUAGUCUGGCCAAAUGCCGGAGCAGCUGUAAUAUUGAAGAAACUGUCUCAUUUUCAUGCCUUCAUUUCUUAAGAAACUCUCUUAUGUUCUAGGUCUAAAGGUAUUUUGUGCAACUAUACAAGCUUAAGCUUGUCAGAGAUUAUACAGGGGUCUUUAAGAAAGCGAAGUAGCAAACAAUAUGACUUAAAAUUGCAUGAAAGUUUACUCCAAUUUUAUA